AAGAGACGGCCCAUCCAAAACGCUCAGUGACCUAGCUUCUGCACGAGAGCGACGAGCAAGAGAGGAAAAAUGUCAAGACGUCAGGUUUACUGCUGAGGUCUUUCACUGAAUACAAAGAGGAACAAAGAUUAAAGCUGAAAGAGAAACAGCAUGGACCUUGAGCCAGUGGAGCUGUUUCACUUCAGAGACAUUGAGCAGUCGUGCAGUCUGCUGCUACAGCUGAACACACUGAGACAGGAGAACAUUCUCACUGAUGUGUGGCUCUGCUCAGACCAGACUGAGAUCCCCUGUCACAAAAAUGUCCUGGCCUCCAGCAGCCCCUAUUUCAGAGCUAUGUUCUGCAACAACUUUAUGGAGAGACAGCAGUCCAAAAUUGUACUAAAGAGCAUCAACCCAGGCAUUCUGAAUAUUAUUAUAGACUAUGUUUACACUGGAGUAGUAAGCAUCCACAUGAACAAUGUGUUGCCCCUGAUGCAGACCGCAGCCAUGCUUCAAUAUGGACGACUUUUUGAGGCCUGUUCCACUUUUCUUCAGAUGCAGUUGAGUCCAGACAACUGCCUGAGCAUGAUCCGUCUGUCUGAAAUCCUGCACUGUGAGAGUUUACGGGUCAAAGCGAAGGAAAUGGCCAUGAAGAGUUUCUCCGAUGUGUCAGCCUCAGAGGAGCUGUGUGAGCUGUCUCUGCCUGAGCUGAUGCGUUACCUGGAGGAGGAUGACCUAUGUGCGGAGGAGGAGCAGGUGUUUGAGACCCUCGUGGCCUGGAUCCACCAUGACCCUCUGUCUCGCAAGGGUGCCAUAAGUGAUCUGUUUAAAAAGGUGCGUCUGCGCUACAUCCACCCCACCUACCUCUUCCAGUUCAUCGCCAGUGACCCCCUAAUCCAGUCAUCCACUCUCUGCACUGAACUCAUUGAGUCUGUGAGACGACUUAUGUUCUCUGUAAGCACCAAAUACAUACACGACACAGAGUUCAACAAACUGUGGGUGGCUCAGCGGCGCUACACCUGCCAGGACAGACUGGUGGUUGUAGGGGGCAGGAAGAACAAUGAGCAGACAUCUAGAGAGGCUUUGCUGUUUGAGGAGCAGACAGAGAGCUGGCAAAGGCUGGCCAAGCUGCCUAUCCGCCUUUACAAGGCCUCAUAUGUGGCUCUACACAGUGUGCUGUAUGUGAUCGGAGGCCUCACAACUAAUGCAAAGUACAGCCAGGUCACCUCUACUGUGUACACCCUUUCUCUCAAAACCAACCAGUGGAGACUCGCUGAACCCAUGUUACAGCCACGAUUUGCUCAUCAGACCCUCUCCUACCUACACUUUAUCUUUGUCCUGGGGGGGCUCGGGUCAGACAGGCGAGUGACAGCAUCUGUGGAAAGAUUCAACAGUAUGUUCAAUCAGUGGGAAUCCAUGGCCCCAAUACCUGAAGCUGUGCUGCACCCGGCUGUAGCUGCCACGAACCAGAGGAUCUACAUGUUUGGAGGAGAGGAUGCCAUGCAGAACCCAGUCAGACUGAUCCAGGUCUAUCACAUUGCCCGGAACAUGUGGUCAAAGAUGGAGAACAGGACAGUGAAGAAUGUAUCUGCACCUGCUGCAGUUAUAGAUGACAAAAUAUACAUAAUUGGAGGUUAUACCAGGAGAAUGAUCGCCUAUGAUACCAAGUCCAAUCGUUUUAUUAAAUGUGCCAACCUGAAGGAGAGGAGGAUGCACCACUCAGUCUCAGUACUCAACAAUAAACUGUAUGUCACUGGGGGGCGCUAUAUCAAUAGUCAUGAUGUCAUUCAAGAUUCAGACGCAUUUGAAUCCUAUGAUCCAAAAACAGAUACUUGGACUUCCAAAAGCUCUCUGCCACACAAACUGUUUGACCACGGCUCUCUCACACUAACUAGUGUCCAACAAACCUGGGAUAAAUCCUAAUGUAGCCUGUGUAAAAUGUGUAUAAACAGCACAAUAUUUUAAGCUCACCCCAUGUCUGGACUCAUGGUGAAUAAUAAUUUUCAGCCAAAUCAAUAUGCUAAAUUGAACUUAAUGAUGUAAGUGUAUUUCGCUUCGUUGGCUGUGUUUUGUGUUGCCCCUAACCACUUGAAAGCCCCUUCUUAACCUGUCUGACUUCACAAUAGCUGUUGGUGCUAUUUUUAGGGCAGUCUAAAUCACUAGAUUUGACUUGUCAAAUUUAAAUCCUGGGGUCGCACAUUGUUUGGUGCAAGUACAAAGCUGCUUGCAGCUGUUUAGACCACAGACAUUUAUUAUGAAAUUGAAAUUAGGUCAAGAGCUUAUUAUUAAUGAUCUGAAUGAGAAAUGCAAUUCAUUUUUUUAAUAAUAUAUUUUAAAAUUAAUUCUAAUUUGUUGUUAUUAUGUUAUUUUGUGACUUGAAAUGUUUUUGUACUAUGAUAAUAUUUUGUACAGUUUUCCUUUGUGAGAUUUGAAAUAUUUUUUAUGUAAAUAAUAAAAUUUGAUCCACUCACAUGUGC